GUUGGGUACGCGCGUUUAGUGGUUGAGAUAUGCAAGAUGUUCAUCCAAUUGGCGGCGGCGGAGCUAGGAUGUUCGCCGGUGGAGGUGAUCGGAGGCUGCGGCCAAACCACCACCACCUGACGGCGGAGCUGAAGUGCCCCCGCUGCGAUUCGCUCAAUACCAAGUUCUGCUAUUACAAUAACUACAACCUCUCCCAGCCGCGCCACUUCUGCAAGAGCUGCCGGCGCUACUGGACCAAAGGCGGCGUCCUCCGCAACGUUCCCGUCGGCGGCGGCAGCCGGAAAACCACCAAGCGCUCCAAGCAGAAAACAGCCGAGUCGUCGUCGUCGCCGCAGCAGCCCGAGUCCAAUUCCCAUUCCAGUAGCGAGAGUUCUAGCAUCACGGCCGCCGCCGCGGCGGCGGCGGUCGGAGCCACCGAAGUGGUGGCGGAGAGUGCGAACGAUCAGCCGUUGAUGGAUCACUCAACGGACGGUCAGAUCUUCCAGGAGCUCGGGUGCUUCACCACCCUGAUGACGUCAUCGGACGACCCGUCUCUCGUCGUGGAGUUCACCGACGCUGCCGCCGCCGACACGCUACGGUUGCAGUGGGGCCCGCAGGCAAAGAUGGACGGCGAGGAUGGAAAGAUGCAGGAGAUCACGGCAGCCGGGUUUUUAGACGAUGCUACGCAGAGCAGGAGAAGCAACGGUGGACUCUCACCGCUGGAUUGGCAAAUCGGAGGUGGGCAAGGCCACGGGCUGUUUGAUCUUACCGGAGCCGUUGAUCAAUCAUACUGGAAUGAUGAUCACACCCUUAAUUACCUCCCUUAAUCAUUAUUCUGUCCAGUAUUAGCUAUUAAGCUCUUCAGAACUUCAACUCCGAGGUAAUAAUAGACAAAAUCAUGGAAAAAAAAAAGAAAAAAAAACAUAUAUUAAUAAUGUCAUUGAGUACACUAUUAACUACUCUAAUAUUCACAAAUUCCACGUUUUCUUUUCUGGUUUCUUGGAUUUUCUUUUAACCACCUAGGAGGAUUAUUGAGACAUUUCAUAUGAUGUUUUGAAGUCAUGCUUUUAGAUCUUGGCAACUGGAUUAAGGUUUGGUAGUUAUUUCUUAAUUUAUAUAUGCAGUAUAAUUAAUUAUAUUAUAUAA